AAACACCCCCCAACCCCAUUUCUCUCUCUCUCUCUCUCUCUCUCUCUCUCUCUCCUCCAUUGUCGACACCAUGAAGCCCUUCGUCGUCGCCACCGACAAAGCUCUCGCCAAGGACUUCCUCACCAAUUUCGCCGACGCCGUCGGCGAGCCCAAGUACCUCAACAUCCUCCAAGAUGUCGCCAAUCGCAAGAUCCGUGCGGUUCAGAUCGAGCUCGAUGACCUCUUCAAUUACAAGGACCUGGAUGAGGAGUUUUUGCAGAGGGUCACGGAGAACACGCGGAGGUACAUCAGUAUCUUUGCGGAGGCUGUGGACGAGCUCAUGCCCGAGCCCACCGAGGUGCUCUCGGCGGAUGAGGACCGCGACAUCUUGAUGACGCAGAGAGUGGAUGAUGGAACAGAUGCCGCUGAUAACUCCGAUCCGCUUCAGAAGAUGCCCUCCGAAAUCAAGCGGUUCUUUGAAGUCUACAUAAAGGCAUUCUCCAAAGGGACUCCGCUUACGAUUAGACAAGUCAAAGCAUCUAACAUUGGCCAGCUUGUGAAAAUAUCUGGCAUUGUCACUCGCUGUUCGGAUGUGAAGCCUUUGAUGCAAGUUGCUGUUUAUACUUGUGAGGACUGUGGAUUUGAAAUUUAUCAGGAAGUGACUGCAAGAGUAUUUAUGCCUCUAUUUGAGUGCCCAUCUAACCGCUGCAAAACCAACAAGGCAAAGGGAAACCUCAUUCUACAGCUUAGAGCUUCCAAAUUUUUGAAAUUUCAAGAGGCUAAGAUCCAGGAAUUAGCAGAGCAUGUUCCUAAAGGCCAUAUUCCACGUUCUCUGACUGUUCAUCUACGAGGGGAGCUUACUAGGAAGGUAUCACCUGGUGAUGUGGUUGAGUUGUCGGGCAUUUUUCUUCCAAUCCCCUACACUGGCUUCAGAGCUAUGCGUGCAGGCUUGGUUGCGGACACAUACUUAGAAACCAUGUCAGUCACCCAUUUCAAGAAAAGAUAUGAAGAAUACGAACUGAAAGGAGAUGAGCAGGAGCAGAUUGAACGGCUGGCUGAAGAUGGUGAUAUAUACAACAAGCUGGCACGAUCAUUAGCACCUGAAAUAUUCGGCCAUGAAGAUGUCAAGAAAGCCCUUCUAUUGCUUCUUGUCGGGGCUCCGCAUCGGAAGCUCUCCGAUGGUAUGAAGAUAAGAGGGGAUAUACAUGUUUGUUUAAUGGGAGAUCCUGGUGUUGCGAAAAGUCAGCUGCUCAAGCACAUAAUAAAUGUUGCGCCGAGAGGAGUAUAUACGACAGGACGAGGAAGCAGCGGAGUUGGUCUAACCGCCGCUGUACAGAAAGAUCCUGUUACAAAUGAGAUGGUCCUUGAAGGAGGGGCAUUGGUAUUGGCAGAUAUGGGUAUAUGCGCGAUCGAUGAGUUUGACAAGAUGGAAGAGUCAGAUAGAACCGCAAUCCACGAAGUGAUGGAACAACAAACUGUUAGUAUUGCCAAGGCUGGUAUUACUACCUCUCUCAAUGCAAGAACUGCAGUCCUUGCUGCUGCAAAUCCAGCUUGGGGAAGAUAUGAUUUGAGGAGGACUCCAGCUGAAAACAUAAAUCUUCCUCCAGCACUUUUAUCACGUUUUGAUCUACUCUGGCUAAUUCUGGAUCGUGCGGACAUGGAUUGUGAUCUUGAAAUGGCCAGACAUGUUGUCCAUGUCCAUCAAAAUCUUGAAUCGCCUUCACUUGGAUUCACACCGCUGGAACCAUCUCUUCUUAGGGCAUAUAUUUCAGCUGCACGAAGAAUUGUUCCUUCAGUUCCGAGGGAGCUCGAGGAAUACAUUGCAACUGCAUAUUCUAGCAUCCGCCAAGAUGAAGCAAAAUCAAAUGCCCCACAUUCUUAUACAACCGUCAGAACACUUCUUAGCAUCCUCCGCAUAUCUAUUGCUUUAGCGAGGCUCCGAUUUUCAGAAACUGUUGCCCAAAGUGAUGUCGAUGAGGCUCUGCGACUUAUGCAAAUGUCAAAAUUCUCCCUAUACUCGGACGAUCGACAGAGAUCUGGUUUAGAUGCUAUCUCUGAUAUCUAUUCCAUCUUGCGAGAUGAAGCAGCCAGGACAAACAGCAUGGAUGUGAGCUAUGCCCAUGCUCUCAAUUGGAUAUCUAGAAAGGGAUACAGCGAGGCUCAGUUGAAGGAGUGCCUGGAAGAGUACGCCGCACUAAAUGUGUGGCAAAUUCAUCCCAACACCUUUGACAUUCGCUUCAUUGAUGCCUAAAUGCUGAACAAGUUUCGGAUGUUCAUCUUGCAUUC